AUGGUUCUUGCCAGUGAAGGACCGCAAGCCCAAUCCAAAGGAUUACCGAUGCCCGACCUACAAGGUGCUCUCUCGAAAGGGGACGCUGCUCACCACUGGGCACUCGACAAAUUUCGUUCUCUACCUGGAGCUCCCGACGGAUCAGGCUGUGGCCAAGUGGAUCAAGGCUGGAGUGGCCUCAUUCCUGGCUUUGUCUCUUGGGUGCAACAGCAGUUUUAG